AUGUGGCGUGCGGCCCCUGUUUUCUUGGAGUGCUCCUGCCAUCCCAAGGACGAGGUGAAAGCGUACAAGGCUCAGAAGAACGCGGAUGAACUGACGAAGGGUCGCAAUGCCUUCUGCGCCUUCAACGUCCUCGAAGCUUUUGUGUCAGCAGUUGGAAUGGGAGACGACAUCAACGCAAUCAUCAGGGUGUGCCCGCCGCCGCGCGACGGAGAGUCCGAGGCGCGGGAAACCUCCAGUAGAGAGUCGGCUGGCCAGAGAGUGCAGCUUGAAGUUUUGUUGCAGACAAUGAGUGCAGUCCAUGAGCUCUUGCUUUGCAAGCCUUCGGCCCAGUUGGCGUGCCAAGUGGAUGGUGCUAUCCUGGUAGCCUGGGUGGGGAACUUGGCCGCCAAGCUGUCUUUCGCCGCCUCGAACUGCGCGCUCACCAUCUCGGUCAAUGCCCUCUGCGGCGUAGGCGUCACUGGCCUUAUCUCCGUCAUGGGAGAGCUGGCGGCCACAGCCUCCCUAGCAGCAGCCACCUGCACGCCCACACCGCCCAGUUUGACCACAACGAAGAUCAGCGUUCUUGGUGACCAGACCGUGCGGCAACGUCGACUGCUCAUCGGCGAAGGGAAGAUCGGCAACGGCGUCCAAUGCAUGGUGGAUGUGGGGAUGGUCGCCAGCAACAUCGCCAACAUGGGCAUCUCCAUCUUUCAGGCGGUCAAGACGGGGAACUGCGGCCGGCUGGCUCUCGACUCUGCCUUCAACAAGCUGACCGGAGUCCCCGAGGCACUUUGCACCGUCGACAUCGGCGGUGCGGUGGCCUACAUCUCCCAGGUGGUCACCUUCAUUAACCUGGUUGUCGUGCACUGCCAAGACUUCUUGGACGUGAGCGCCCUCUGUGGGGCAAGCAUUGCAGGCAUCACCACGUCAGCGGCUGCCAUUGCCCCUUACGGCGCGGCAGUGCAUGCGGCCUGUGCCAAGAACCUCCUUACCAAGAAUGCCGCCCUUCAGGCGAAGAUCAACAGCCUCUACACGGUGCCGCAGCCCCGGCGCCUGCAAGAAUUGGAGGACACGGUUAGCAACCUUAAGUCGAUCAGACAGAAGCUUGAGCAGCACUUGGGCAUCAACGCCACCGCCUCUAGCACCGCAAUCUCCCGGGCCGAUUUGGAGAACAUGGUCACGCUCAUUGACGGCGGCGUCGACGCGGAGAAGACAUCCAUGCGAGGAUCGUCUGAGUUCUUUGAGGAGUGUGAGGAGUGA